UCCUUCCAGGUUGCUCUCAACAAGUGACAUCGGAGACAUGAAUCCCGCCUGGGUCCAGCACCUCAUUGUCCUGGGGACGCUGCUGGGAGCCGGCUACACCAGUACGGAUAUGGCAGGCAGUCCCCGAUCAACAUCGUCACCCCUGCGGCUGUCCACAAUCCCCACCUGGGGGCUGUGUCCCUCGCUGGCUAUGGGGAUGCCAGGAAGCUUAUCUCCAUGGAAAAUACAGGGAAGACAGCUCCACAUUGUUCAUACCAAGAACAACCUGAGCAUGGAUGACGCCCUCAAGUAUCCCGAGGGAAUUGCUGUGCUGGCCUUCUUCCUCCAGGCAACAGCCCAUGCACGCCCCUCCCACUCCUGGGAUUCCUUCACCCAGCACUUGAAGAAGGUGGCUCUGAAGGGGGAGGAUAAGGAUCUGGAUGGCUCCUUCUCCCUGCGGGGGCUCCUGGGCUCGGUGGACCUAGCCCGCUAUUACCGCUACCAGGGUUCUCUCACCACUCCCAACUGUGAUGAAGUCGUGGUCUGGACUGUCUUCCCUGACCCCAUCCUGGUGCCUCCUGGGGUGGUGACUGCGUUCACCUCCAUGCUCCGCUCCACAGACUCAUCUGAUAAGCUGCAGAACAACUACCGGCCUUUACAGAGCCUUGGGGAUCGCCAAGUGGAGGCCUCGGCAGCCCUCCGAGUCUCCCCCAGUUCCUCUUCCACCCCGCGGACUGCAGCCUUGAUCCCUUUACUCAGUAUCACAGCAAUCACCUGGCAACUAUAGGGGGACAAAGCCAGACACCUAGAGACUGGGCCUAAGCGGGGGGGCGCUGGGAGCCAGGACUCCUGGGUUCUAUUCCUGGUUCAGCCACAGACUCCCUGUGUGACUGUCAUCAAGCACCAUCCCCGCUCUGGGCCUCAGUUUCCCCAUCUAUAAAAUAGAGAGAGAUUUUGCUCCGCAGUCCUGGAAAUCAGCAUUGAUCACAGUCUUCUUUGAGACUGGGUGGGAAUGCACCCUUCAACUAGCCUUUCUCAGGAGGAAUGGAUUGCAAGCCCCACACUGCCAGGAGUUUGGACUGAGUGGGCAGAGGGGGGGUGACGUUGUACUCCAUAUGCUUUAUAAAAGUAUGCUUAUGUAUGUAAAUAUGAUGGAACUGGAAUAUGCUUUAUGCAAAAGGUCUCCUGUAAGGUAUCAUUGCAAAGCUUGUAAUCUACUGAGUGUGUUCA